AUGGCGAUACGAAUUCAUCAGAUACAGCAUCAGAAUCAACAAGCUAUCUUGAUGAACUUAAUUCCUUCCGGUCAACCAAAUCUUAGUGUUUUAUCUAAUAACACCACUUUGACAACAAAAGAGAAAAGAAAAACUAUUUCAGCUACAUCAUCUGGUAGUUCAAAUGCUGCCAAGAAAGUCAUGGAUUGGUUUAGAAGAAAAUCUUUGGCUAAACAAGACAUUCCUAUUACAAUUGAUAAUGACAAUGUUGAACAAGCUGCAGCUUCAACUCCUGAUUUAACAUCAAAUAAUAACAAUGGUCGUUCGUCAAAAAACAACAUAUUUAAAAAACCAAAAAGUAACAACAACAAUCCUUCGGUAAUUGUCACUCAACCAAAUAGCAUUGCAAAUUCAUCAUCAUCAUCUAGACAAUCCACAAUGACGUCUAUAAAUCUAAACGUGGAUGCAAAACUUCGUGUACAUAAUGGCGCUUUAGAUCAGCUAGCAUUGACGGAGCGACCACCUUAUGAAGUAUUUAUAGUUGUUAAACAAACCUUGCUUAGUAUGGGUAUUGAGAUUAGACGUGAAGGCGAAUUCAAGGUAAAAUGCCUUAGGCGUAAACGUAAAGGAGGUGUACCUAUUGAUAAUAAUUUCUAUUCCAAUAACGACAAUAACGGUAAUAAGGGUACCUCACAAGUUUCAGAAUCAACAGAAUCAUUAGAUGUUAACACAGAAAAGAAACGUAAAAAAUAUUCUUCAACGCCUUUUAAAACCUUAUUGCGGCUUAUUUAUGGAGACCCAACUGUAGAUUCAGGUGAAGAAGUUAGAUUUUCUGUGGAGUUGUGUCGAAUCAAAAAUUUACCUGGAUUGUAUAUUGUUGACAUAAAAAGAUUGAAGGGUAAUCGUUGGAGUUAUAAAUUCUUGUAUCACACACUUUUGGACAGAUUAGAUCUUAAGGGGCAAAGUGGUUAUUUAACUAUUGGUACAAGUGGUGUUAAAAGACAUACGAUUCAAGUAGAAUACGAUUAUCCUGACAAUGACAAUAACACCAUCAAUAAUUUGAAUGAUAAUGACAAUUUCGUAAUGAGUGAAAUUGAAAAUGGUAUGAAAUUUGUUGAUUACCCUGACGAAGAUUUCUUAUUUGUUGAUGGAACUCGUCUAGAUAAACAUCAUAGUAUUUCUUCUACAGCUUCUGCUACAUCUUGUAAAAGUAGUGAAACAAUGGCUACUAACACUCCACCAGGUACUCCAUCUACAACUACCAGAAAUUCAGCAAAUGCAGGCUCAGGUCUAUUCACCUUGUUUGAAAAACAAAUACAACAAAAUGAUCAUUUAUUAAAACCAUCAGACCAGAAUGAUGCUCAGCACUUGGCACAACAACCUAAUAAUACGAUUACGCUUGUUGUUCCAGGAGAAAUAGAAUCACACAAAAAUUCAUCUUACGCACCUAAACAACGUGAUAAUUCACCAGCAGCAACAAAAUCCUCACCUUCACCUCAAAAGAAAUCCUCACAAUCACAUAAGAGAGCUUUAUCUACAGAAAUAGUAUACAAGCUUUUAGGAAAUAAUACAGCAUCAGAAUCAACAAGCUAUCUUGAUGAACUUAAU